CCUCACUAUUUGGUGCAGCGACCCCCACCCACCCAUCAAUUCCUUCUUCCUUCGUCUCCUCCUCUUCUCCCUGCACACUCGUUGCUAGCUAGCUCACCCAUAAAUACCACGCCAUUGGCCACCUCCAAUCUCCAAGCUAGUUCUCACUCACACAUCCCUCUCCUCCCUCCGCCGCCGCCGCCGCCGGAGCUAAGGAAGACGACGACGCAUAGGUAGAUAAUCGUCGGCGGCCAUGGCUAAGGAGGCGUUCGUGAACGGGUUCCUGAGCGUGUUCAUGCACGUGGGGCUAACGCUGGUGCUGCUCGUCUACCUCCCCAUCGCCUUCGCCUGCCGCGCCCUGGGCAGGCUGCUCGUCAGGCCCUUCGUCUCCGGCGAGGACCUCCGCGGCAAGGUCGUGCUCGUCACCGGCGCCUCCUCCGGCAUCGGCGAGCAUCUAGUGUACGAGUACGCGAAGAAGGGGGCGUGCGUGGCGCUGACGGCGAGGACGGAGAUCGCCCUGCGCGCAGUGGCGAAGACGGCGCGCGACCUCGGCGCGCCGGACGUGCUCGUCGUGCCGGCGGACAUCACCAAGGUCGACGACGCCAAGCGCGCCGUCGAGGAGACCGUCGCCCACUUCGGCAAAUUGAAUCACCUGGUGGCCAACGCAGGGAUCUGGUCCAGUUGCUUCUUCGAAGAAAUUACCAACAUAACCGCCUUCCACAACGUGAUUGAUCUCAACUUCUGGGGCGCCGUGUACCCGACCUACUUCGCGUUGCCGUACCUGAAAGCCAGCCGUGGCAACAUCGUCGUCACCUCCUCUGUCGCCGGCAGGGUCCCGACGGCCAGGAUGAGCUUCUACAACGCGAGUAAGGGCGCGGUGAUCAGGUUCUACGAAACCCUAAGGGCUGAGCUGGGCUCACAUGUCCGUGUCACCAUUCUCACCCCGGGCUAUGUCGUCUCCAACCUCACCAUGGGCAAAGGCAUCCAGAAGGACGGCCAUGUCGGCAUUGACGAGGAGGCUCGCGACAUCAAUGUGGGGCCGCUGCCGGUGGGGAAGACGGAGACGCUGGCGAAGGUGGUGGUGGCGGCGGUGCGGCGGGGCGACUACUACGUGACAUGGCCCGGGUGGUACUGGCCGUUCCACAUGGUGAUGUGCACGGCGCCGGAGCUCGUCGACUGGUUCUCCCGGACCUUCUACGUCUCCAAGUCCAGCGACCACGAUGGCGACGCCCUCAGCAAGAAGAUCCUCGAGGCCGUCGGCGGCAAGAAGUUCCUCUACCCCAAGACCAUCCGCAGCCAUGCCAUCGCCGCUAGCUAAUAUAAUGCUCAUAUAUCACACUGAUUGAUCGAUCCAUCCAAGCUAUAGUUGCAACCUACCUAUAUAUAUAUAAACUUUUUUUAUACAUGAUGAUAUCAUGAUCUUUUGAUAAUGAUGAUUGGUUUGUUUUAGCAUAAGAAAUACUUCAGUUAAAGAGGAUUGGGAGAUGAAAUGGGUGUGUGGGUGGAUAUAUAGUGUACUUGUUCUUUUACUACCCCUUUUUUUUUUGCAUUUGGGCUUUUUUUUAGUUUCUUUUUUUCUUUUUUCUCUUUAAAAAAUCAAUGUAAGCAAUGUGAUGUGAAUCUAUUCGGAUAUAUAUGUCUACUAGUGGCCGGUGGUAUGGCGCUCUGUUCUAAAACAGGGCAUGAAUGCAAUUGAUGUUCGAGCACCUGAGUUGAAACAUUUAUUGCACUCAAAUACCCAGUGCCAGAUAUUUAACUA